AUGGACUUUGCAACCUUCCUGGCCGAUCUCCAAGCAGAGGUCAGCUGCCCCAUCUGCCUGGAGUACCUGAGAGACCCAGUGACCAUUGACUGUGGCCACAACUUCUGUCACCACUGCAUCCUCCAGCGCUGGGAAGGUCUAAAGGACAUCGUCCCCUGUCCCAUCUGCCUCCAUCACUGCUAUAACGAGAACCUAAAGAAGAACACCCAAUUAUGUCACAUGACUGAUAUUGUUAAGCAACUUCCCGUCCAGAGGAACAAGAGGAAACGGCAGGAAGAGCAACCCCUGUGUAAGAAGCACAACCAGGUGCUGGUCCUGUUCUGUGAGCAGGACCUGGAGCUGCUGUGUCUGCAAUGCAGGGUCUCCUCCGACCACCAGAAUCACUACCUGAUGCCCAUUGAGCAAGCGGGAGCUAGUCAUAGGAAGAAGCUCAAAAGGUACAUUGAGCCCCUGAGGGAGAUGGUUAAGGAUGCAGAGAUUUGGCUAGAAAUGCAAGUCUCAAAAUCAUUUAAAUUUUGCCAGAAUGUGGAAAUUUUGAGAGAAGAAUUAAACUGUGAAUUUAAUCAACUUAAGGAUUUACUGGUCCAGGAACAGGAUGUCAUUUAUUUGGGAUUAAUGACAGAAGAGAGGAAUGUUGAAGAAAAACUCAGUGAAAACAGUAGCCAAAUUUCUGACCACUUUUCCAUGCUGAAAAAUCUGCUUAGUGGAGUUGCAGAAAAGUGUGUGCAGGCAGACCUGGAUUUACUGAUAGGUACUGCAAGACUGUACAAGAGGUAUAAAAAUCUCAAAACUCCUGAAGUCUUUUCAUACGAAUUAAAGAAGGAGAGUAGCUAUCUCUCUCCACAAUAUUUUGGCCUGCAAAAAGUCAUCAGCACAUUUAAGGAAGAUUUGAUGCUAGAUCCUAAAACUGCUCACCCCAACCUUAUUAUUUCAGAAGACAGAAAAAGUGUGAAAUAUGGACAGAUGGAAGCAGACUUUUCUUACAGCCCUAAGAGGUUUACUUUUAUCCCAGCUGUCCUGAGCUCUGAGGGCUUUGAUGUUGGUAGGCAUUACUGGCAGGUAGAGGUAUUCACCCUGUACCUCCUUCCAGGACCUUUGAUCCAACAGGCCCGGCAUGGUAUAAAUAGCCACGGGCCUAAAAGGUCAAAUUUAACCCGGGGCAAAGACGAGAAGCAUCAAAGUGAUGGGACUGUUGCAGGACUUUCUUGUUUCUAUGGUGAAUUCCAUGUUGGGGGUGGGGGAGUGAGCAUCUCAGUGCUCAGGGCCUUUAACUGCAGCUCUGGGCAAAUUGGCUUUCUCCCCAGGGAGUUACCAGAUAAAACGGACACUGGUAACAUGAUUCUCAAUGCUGCUACAAGGAAAUGUGGCCAUGGCUCUGGGCAGGAUCUUACAAACGUGCUUGUGACUGUACCCCACCUCUAUUGA